AUGGCGACCACAGGCGGUCCAAAAUCAAGUAGUGAUGAUAAGGUCUAUACUGGCUCUAGCUGCAGGCGCUUCGUGGUAGACACGGCCGGAGCAACGGAGAGCGCGCUGUAUUUGGUGCUGAGCGGAAGCGAGACGCUCCAAGACCUUCGAGACGUUUUCCCGCCUUUUCACUACACCGAGCUCAAAGCCAGCCUCGAUUUGUUUGAAGCAGGCGCCGGCGGAGGCGGCGCGCCCACAGCUGCGCCGGCCGUCCGCAGCGGCGGCAAGCCGCCGCGGCCGGCGGGCAAGCCGCCGAGGCCCGGCGGCAAGCGCGCGCGGAGCCCCGACAACAAGCAGGCCCAUGCGGCGGGGCAGGCGAAGCGGGCGGCCGCGUCUCCGGGUGCCGUCAAGCAGGCCGCGGGCACGCCGCAGGCGGGCACGCCGGGCGCCCAGACCGCGUCGGCGACGCCGCAGCCCAAAAGGCGCAAGGUCGAGCAGCAGCAGCAGCAGCAGCAGCAACAGCAGCAGCAGCAGCAGAAGCAGCAGAAGCAGCAGCGGCAGCCUUCCCCUGCCAAGGGCGGCGGCGGCGCCUCCCCUCCAGCCGAGCUUCGGCGCGACGGCGCCCGCGGCCCUGCGCCCCAUGCAGCCACCGAGGCCAAGGGCGUGGCCACCAGCACUGGCCACGGCACCCCGCCAUCCACACAGGACGGGGGCGGCAAGAAGUUGAAGAGGCACAGGUCGCUCCGCAAGACGCCGCAAGCUGGCCAGGAGGUUGUUUCGCCGCCGGCCGGUGCACCAACGCCCGAGCAGCAGCAGGGGCAGCAGCAUCAGCAGCAGGAGGAGGGGCAGCAGGAGCAGCAGGAGGCUAAGAAGGAAGAAAAGGAAAAGCAGCGGAAGAAAAAGAAGGGACAGCAGCAGCAACCUCAGCAGCAGCAGCAGCAGCACGAGGAGCAUGUGCAGAGCAAGCAUGCCGCGCCAACAACUGCUAACGCCGCCGUGACCGCUGAGAAGCCGCCGCGGCCCGCACAAAACCCGGCGGCCGCGGCCAACACCACGCCUCAUGCCGCCGCCGCGCCGCGCAGCAACCGCCGCGCGCGCCGCUCGCAACCGGGCAGCCCGCAUGGCGCUGGCCAGGCGGGCGCGCACGAGCUGUUAAUCGAAGUGGUGGGCGUGGCCACAGCCGGCGUCUCCGACAGCCGUGCCGGCGGGAGCGGCGGCGGCGGCGCCGCGGCGGCGGCCUGCAACGGCCUGGAGGCGCGGUCGCCGGCGGCGGCAGGCAGCGCCGAGCGCGCGCGCGCGGCGCUGGCUGCGCACGGGUCGGCCGCUGCGCGGCUGCUGCAGCAGCGGCGGCGGGAGCAGCCGGGGCGGGGGCCGCUGGAGCUCGGGCCACUCCUGGAGCAGGCCGCGGGGGCGGCGGGCGAGGCUGCAGGCGCGGCGGGCGGGCGGUAG